AUGAAUUACUCAGGUAUCGUCUUCGCGACAGGAACGGACACCCUCGGUGCUUUGCCUUUGGAAGAAGUCAAAGUUAGAAUACAAAUUAUCGAUGCGACCGCAAAGGUUACGCUCAUCCAAAAGUUCUUUAAUGCAUCUGCCGUUUCGACUGGAAGAGCCAAAUACUGUUUCCCGGUCCCUGCCUCAGCUGCAAUCUGCGCUUUCCAGAUGAUAACUUCAGACGGUCGGACACUCAGGGGGGAAUGCAAGGAGAAGGAACAAGCAAGAGAAGACUUUGAGGCUGCUUUAGCUGGCGGGAGGACUGCUGGACUCCUUGACUACGUGACUGACGAUAUCGGUUCCUUCCCUCCCCGCACUGUAAUAGAGACAAGGGUAGUGUAUGUGAUGACGGUGUACACCGGCGACUACACUGACCAUAUCGAGUUUCAUCUCCCGAAGCACGUUGGUCAGCGAUACGGCAUCCCCCCAUCCGAUUUACAAGACGCUGUUCAACCUUCUCUCGCUGAGACAAGAAUCUCAAUCACAGCGGACAUACAGAUGUACGGCAAGAUUCAACGAAUUGUCUCUCCUAGUCAUCCAGAUGGCAUCACAGAAUCCCCGUACUCCACCCCGCAGGGAAGACCAUCCAGAAGGAGAACCACCGUCCGCUACCGUUCACCUCAUUAUCUGGACCACGAUUUCGUUCUGGGAAUUCACGCUGAUGGGCUGGAUAAACCUCGCUGCUUUGCAGAGGUCCGCCGUAACCCUGAGCGAGGAGUACCAGAUACUUUGGCGUUCCAGUUGACGAUGGUACCUCGGACCAAGUUGCCCCCUAUCCGGUCGCAGGAAUACAUAUUUAUCGUCGACUGUAGUGGGAGCAUGGAAGGCCCCCGAAUACAGACGGCGAAGGACAGCCUUGUCAUGAUGUUGCAAAUGAUCCCCAGUCACAAUUCUAUUUUCAAUAUUUUUGCCUUUGGGAACGAGUGUAAGUCGUGGGUGGCGCACAGCCAAAACUACUCGGGGAAGACUCUUGAAGAGGCGAUCCGAUAUACAGAGUCUAUGCAGGCUGACCUUGGAGGAACGGAGAUGCGCAACGCUCUACGAGUGGCGUUGUCAAGUUGUUCGAAAGGAUUGCCCACUGUGGUUUUCCUUUUAACAGACGGUGGAUGUUUCGAUGUAGACGGAUGCAAGCAAGAAGUCAAAGGCUUCGUCGACGGUUGUACCGCUCCGAAGCGAAUCUUCACUUUGGGCAUCGGAGAAUCAGCAUCUUCCGAUCUGUGUGAGAGUAUCGCCAGGGUGGGGAAUGGCGAAUCCUUCAUGGUGAUCGAUACUAGCAGUGUCGUCCAAAAGUGUGCCAAGUUGUUCACAGCAGGACGAACACCGUUCGUUCGGGACGUCGUCAUUGACUGGGGACAAACGCGACCCCCUUCGACAAUAUCCCACCUUCCUCACAGCGGCACGAUCGCCGGAACGGGGCCAGUGUCCCUUCCUGAAGUUCAACAAGUCCCUCACACGAUUCAUAGCAUCCACUCAGGAACAAGAUUCACUAUCUUCGCCCUCGUCACAUUGACCAAUAUCUCAGUUCCAAGAAUGGUCACCCUGAAGGGCGUCCUCGAUGACGAAACUCGGAGUCCCUUCCAGUUUGGCGUCGAGGUGCAGCGGACGUCUUUGGUCGAUACCGACGAGUCCAAAAUACCCUUGAUCCACACUAUGGCAGCCUGGAAACUCAUCCAGCAGAUUGGGGAUAACCAGGUCCGACAGGAUGAUUACCACAGGGCGGUCAUAACACAGUUGGGAAUCGAAUACCAGCUAGCAACUCAAUGCACGUCAUUUAUUGCGGUGGUCGGCAUACACGACGGGCAGGCCGGGCGGAAACUAGCCCUCUCGUUCUCUGACAAGCACCCUGGAUUACUGAGCGAACCAGUACACAUUGAAUUCCAAGAUGUUGAAGACGAGGAGCCCGUACCGUCGAGUUUCAUGGAGGGUAUGUUCGAGGGAAUAGCUUCAGCUUCCUCUGCUCUCGGCGGACUGGUUAGGACCAUGUUUACUCUAGUCCCUCCCAGCGAUAUUCCCACAGCAGACGGGGCACCCAACGUCCCUCCUGGUUCUUGGCCAUUCCAUUUCGAGGAUGCCUCUGUCGACGACCUUGAAGACACACGUCCGGCCAGCCCGCCUUCGUCAGAAUCGGACGACAGCGACCGCUCCAGCGUGAGGACAUUCUCCACCAUCAGUUCUUUGAAUGGCUUCUCCAGCGAAAGUGAUUGGAGCUCAAUGUACAGUGAUAUGACUGAGGAAGAAGAGGCACCAUCUCCUCAGUUCGAAACGCUGUCAUUACCCGAAGAUCCUGUGAGCAAACCAGAGCAUCGUGAAGAACCCCCGAAACCAGUGCCUGCGCCCGUAUUCGAUCUCAUCAAAACGAGGAAUGUGGACGGCUCGUUCACCAUGAAUCGGAACCUAGAAGGAAUCCUUGGAACAGUUUUGGUUGAAGGGGGCAAACAAUUGGACCGACACGAGCGAGCAGUUUGGACAACGAUUUGUUGCGUUGCGUAUUUGAAGAAACAACUCUAUGACAACCCUGAGGUGCUGGAAGGCUACCUUGAGAAGACCAUGGAGUUUCUUCGCUCCAAGCAGAAUGUAGACAUUGACCGACUUCUGGAAUAUGCUAUGUCGUUGUUGUAG